AUGGCGCAACUCGACACCCUCGACCUGGUCGUCCUGGUGGCCCUCUUGGUGGGCAGCAUUGCCUACUUCACCAAGGGGACCUACUGGGCCGUCCCCAAGGACCCCUAUGCCUCCUCCGCCGCCGCCAUGAACGGUGCCGCCAAGAGCGGCAAGACCCGCGAUAUCGUCGAGAAGAUGGACGAGACGGGCAAGAACUGUGUGAUUUUCUAUGGCUCCCAGACCGGUACCGCCGAGGACUACGCCUCGCGUCUCGCCAAGGAGGGUUCGCAGCGCUUUGGACUGAAGACCAUGGUCGCCGACAUCGAGGACUACGACUACGAGAACCUGGACAAAUUUCCCGAAGAUAAGAUCGCAUUCUUCGUGCUCGCCACAUACGGCGAGGGCGAACCCACCGACAAUGCCGUCGAGUUCUACCAGUUCCUGACCGGCGAGGACGUCGCGUUUGAGAGCGGCGCCGGCGCCGACGAUUCGCCGCUGUCGUCCCUCAAGUACGUCGCCUUCGGUCUCGGUAACAACACCUACGAGCACUACAACGCCAUGGUCCGCCACGUCGAUGCUGCCCUCACCAAGCUGGGUGCGCAGCGGAUUGGCUCGGCCGGUGAGGGUGACGACGGUGCCGGCACGAUGGAGGAGGAUUUCCUCGCCUGGAAGGAGCCCAUGUGGGCGGCCCUCUCCGAUGCCAUGGGCCUGCAGGAACGCGAAGCUGUCUACGAACCGGUCUUCUCGGUCGCCGAGGACGAGCCCAAGGGCCCAUACUCCGCGCAUAACCCGUACAUCGCCCCCAUUGUCGAAUCGCACGAACUGUUCACUGUCAAGGACCGCAACUGUCUGCAUAUGGAGAUCAACAUCGCGGGUAGCAACCUGAGCUACCAGACUGGUGACCACAUCGCGAUUUGGCCCACGAACGCCGGUGUCGAAGUCGACCGAUUCCUGCAGGUCUUUGGUCUGGGGGAUAAGCGCGACUCGGUGAUCAACAUCAAGGGCAUUGAUGUCACUGCCAAGGUUCCGAUCCCGACGCCGACCACCUACGAUGCCGCUGUCCGCUACUACAUGGAAGUCUGCGCCCCCGUCUCCCGUCAAUUCGUUUCCACUCUUGCUGCCUUCGCGCCCGACGAGGCGAGCAAGGCUGAGAUUGUCCGCCUGGGUAACGACAAGGAUUACUUCCACGAGAAGAUCACCAACCAGUGCUACAACAUCGCCCAGGCCCUGCAGAGUAUCACUUCCAAGCAAUUUACUGCCGUCCCAUUCUCGCUGCUCAUUGAGGGUCUGAACAAGCUUCAGCCCCGGUACUACUCCAUCUCUUCCUCGUCUCUGGUCCAGAAGGACAAGAUCAGUAUCACUGCCGUCGUCGAGUCUGUCCGCCUCCCCGGUGCGUCGCAUAUGGUCAAGGGUGUCACCACCAACUACCUGCUGGCCUUGAAGCAAAAGCAGAACGGUGAUCCUUCUCCCGACCCUCACGGCUUGACUUACUCGAUUACUGGUCCUCGCAACAAGUACGACGGCAUCCAUGUCCCCGUUCACGUUCGCCACUCCAACUUCAAGCUGCCCUCCGAUCCUUCCAAGCCCAUCAUCAUGGUUGGCCCCGGUACUGGUGUCGCCCCCUUCCGUGGUUUUAUCCAGGAACGUGCGGCCCUGGCCGCCAAGGGCGAGAAGGUUGGCACCACCCUGCUGUUUUUCGGAUGCCGUAAGCGCGACGAGGAUUUCCUCUACCAGGACGAAUUCAAGACCUUCCAAGAACAGAUGGGUGACUCCCUGAAGAUCAUCACCGCUUUCUCUCGCGAGGGAAGUGAGAAGGUCUACGUUCAGCACCGCCUGAAGGAGAAUGCCUCGCUGGUCAGCGACCUGCUGAAGCAAAAGGCGAACUUCUACGUCUGCGGCGACGCCGCCAACAUGGCCCGGGAAGUCAACUUGGUGCUGGGACACAUCAUCGCGGAGCAGCGCGGUAUGCCCGCCGAGCGUGGCGAAGAGAUGGUCAAGCACAUGCGGAGUAGCGGCAGCUACCAGGAGGACGUGUGGUCAUGA